AUGUUGGAAAAUUGGACAGUGACCAGGGACUCAACAUGGGACAACCUUGAAAAUGAAUUCACAACACAAGAGAUCCUAGAAGUAAUAAAACAAUUGAACCCACACAAAUCUCCAGGCCCAGAUGGAAUUCCAAACUUAUUCUACAUAACACACAAAGAAAAACUAGCUCCAAUACUGGCCUCAGCAUUCAACGACACUCUAAGAAAUCCUCAUCUAAUUAGCAAAAAUUACAAAGAAGGCCUCAUUAUCACGAUACCUAAAAAGGGAGACCCCGAACUAAUCAAAAACAGAAGACCAAUUACACUGGCUAACUGUAUAUAUAAAAUCCACUCAAAACUAAUAAACAAUAGAAUAAUCCCAAUACUAACGAAAGUGAUCAACCACAAUCAAAAAGGUUUCGUACCAGGCAGAUUCAUUAUAGAUAAUAUCAUAUCAAUGAACGAAUUAAUCAACUAUUGUAAUGAUAAAAGAAUUAACGGAAUAAUUACACUAUAUGAUUUCGAAAAAGCUUUUGACUCGAUUUCACACGGUUCAAUACUCAGAUCACUACAACACAUCAACAUUCCAACCAAUAUAAUCAACCUGAUAAUGAAUCUACUCACCAAAUCUGAAGCAAGAAUUGAAAUUAAUGGUAGAACUACUAUACCCUUUGAGAUCAAAAGAGGAGUCAAACAAGGAGAUCCACUAUCACCCACCCUGUUCGUCCUUGUAAUAGAGGCUUUAGCUAGAAAAAUUUUACAAGAUGACCGAAUUACUGGCCUUCCUCUAAACAACAGCGACCACAGAGAGAAAUUCCAAAGCUUUGCAGACGACUCGGCUUCAAUGGUCCCAGACUCUCAACAACUUGAAUUAGUACUACAACACUUCAAUUCAUUUUGCAAAGCCACUUCCUCAAAACUAAACAUCGACAAAUCUUCAUCAAUUCUUAUAGGCAACCCAGACAAUACCAACCAAAGAAUACCAAUAUCUACAAAUCCAGAAAGAUACUUGGGAUACUUCUUCACAGGCAAAGGGAUAACAAGAAAAAUACCAGAAAUAUUAAACACAAUAAGAUCAUCCUUAGUACUAUGGAAAACCACUGACUCAACAAUCAAAACCAAAACCAACAUCCUCAAAGCAUUCGCACUCUCUAAAUUAACCUACUAUUCAUAUGUAGAGAACUUUAAGGAAGAGGAAUUAAACCAAAUCAAUAAAUUAGUCGAAUGGUUUUUAUCGGCACCAAACAACAAAAAUGCUAGUGGAUUUCAAACAACUGGCGCAGAAACUUUGGAUCAUAAACCAGUUCAUCCUAGCACUAGAAACCAAACAAACAAACUCAUCUCAUCACAAAAGCUGGGAAUAUCAGAUCCAAAAAAACAAAUUCACAUCCAGAUACCUAAAAGAAAACUUAGA